AUGAUGUUUGUGUGAACAAUUGCAUUUUGUAUUAUGGAGAAUAUGAAAGUCAGUGUUAUUUACAAUGCCCGGUAUGUGAAGAGCCACGAUUUAAGCAGCGUGAUGUGCAUUCUGCUAAACCUAUACCAAGAAAGUCUUUGUGGUAUCUUCCAAUUAUUCCUAGACUUCAGAGAUUGUAUAUGUCUAGGAAAACUGUCGAGCAUAUGACGUGGCAUUUAAAUUGUUAUAAUGAAAAUGAGAAAAUUUUUCAUCCUGCAUGUGGAGAGGCAUGGAAGCAUUUUGAUAGCACUCACCCUGAGUUUGCUAGUGAAUCGAGGAAUGUUAGGUUAGGUCUGUGCAUUGAUUGUCUCACUCCUUUUGGACAUUCCGCAUCUCCAUACUCUUGUUGGCCAGUAUUUGUGUCAGUUUAUAACCUGCCUCCAACAAUGUGCAUGAAGCAAGAAUAUGUAUUCCUUUCAUUGAUUAUCCAAGGUCCCCAAAGUCUUGGAAAGAAUAUUGAUGUCAAUGACAUGGCAAUAUGGCAGAAGAGGACAGUAGAAAUCAUUUGUGAGCUAGAGCGAAUCUUUCCACCUUCAUUCUUUGACAGUAUGGAGCAUCUUGCAAUCCACCUUCCAUACGAGACCCAUGUAGGAGGACCAUAUUAUGAUUUUUAUGGUGUGCUUCAAGAAAUAAUUCAAAUUGAGUAUUAUGGAUUGAUCCAUCGACAAGCAAUUGUUUUAUUCAAAUGUGAUUGGUAUGAGAUUCCUCCUGCUCAAGGGGUUCAAGUGGAUCAAAAACAUCCAUUGGUUGACAUUAAUCCUAGAAGAUACCUUCGAUCUUAUGAGUCUUUCAUUCUUGCUAGUCAGGCAAGGCAAGUUUAUUAUACACCAUACCCAUCUAUUAAUCAUGAAAGAAGGGGAUGGAUUGCUGCACUUAAAAUUAAAGCUAGGAUUAUCAUUGAGGCUCCUGAGAAUAAAGAUGACCAACAAGAAGGAUUGACACCAUAUUUUCAAGACGAUGAGCCUCCUAUUCCUUAACAAAUAAAUAUUGAUGACAUUGCUUAUGAACCUGUGUAAUAUUCUGAUGGGAGGUUUAUUGAAAUACAUGAAGAAGCUGAUGUUGGGGAGGGGAUUGGGGAAGAGGAUGAAGAAGGAGAAUGGGAAGAUUUUGAGACAUCAGAAGAAGAAAACAUAGAAACAUAUGUUGAGGAGAAUGAUAGUAGUGAUGAAUAGGCAAUAAUAUUGAAACUAUUGA